CGGUAUUAUUAGCACAAGCGGCCGACUGUUUGCACAGGUAAGACGCGAUGUUUUGGCCAGGGCAAAUCAAACCACGAAACGUGGUACGGACAGUGGCAACCUCACUUCUCCUAUUGGUGGUCGUCUGCUCCUUUGUUCGCCGUGUAUUCCAACUGAAAGUGGUGAUUGAUGGCACUGUUUCGGCAACAUUUAUCAAGAACAUCAAUAACGCCAACUGGACAUCGUACAUGAUUUGUCACCUGCCAACGUGGCCGUCGUAGCCGAUUGCUUGUAGGACUCAUCAUGGUCAACCCACUGCGUCAGUGCCAAUUGCUGGACUACCACUGCAUUUUCAUCCGGGAAAUGUUGUAUGCGCUCCGCAACGAAAGUAGUUAUUUUUAUUCCAUUUCAAUGGGUUACAUUCGAAAGUUAUUUUAGAUUUUUUCUAGCCGAACAACAUGCAAGGUCGAACAUGGGGCCGGUUUGACAAGGCGUGGAUUCUACGAAAAUUAAACUAACAUGACUAUUAAAAAAAAUUCCGUUUAACCAGAUUAACAUUAUUUUUUCUUCUUCGUCUUCUUGUUUCUCUUUUCUUUCGCACUGCUAAUGGAAAAGGCUAGAAAACUAACUAGAAAUUUGGUGAAAUCGAACAACGUACAUGAACUACAGUUUUACGUUUUCCCUUUCACCUUUCUAUCAGAUUGACUUUCCUUUUCACGCUAACGGGUAGAAACGUUCAAAACCAGACUAGAAAUUUAGUGAAAUCGAAAAAAAACGACGAUACUUCAAAUUUCUCCAUCUUGUUAACAUUCGUCCGUUUUGAAUUGUUUGCGUCAGUAACAGUUCGCUACGUCCUCAUAGCGGUAUCAAUCACACAUCAUGGCUCCACAUUAUCUAACUACAACAGCGUGGCUGAUUGUCGUCGUGUUCAUCGUCGACGAAGUGACUUCAAAUUCGCUGUUCAAACUCCGCGUCAAACGCGACAAACGUCCGACGGGCACACCCAUCAGCUUACCGAUUCAAACCACGUCAACGGAUGACGUUUUCCUCGGCGGUACGGGCUCAAUUGGUAGUGGAUUCAUUCAAACAAAUUUCGACGAAUCUUCGCUAACUAAAUUGCAAGUUCCCGGCAUUUCACCCACGAGCAACGUUGCUUUCACGCCAUCAAUUAAGGACGACGAUUCGCUGACUACACUUCAGGUUCCCGGCGUUUCACGCCCCAACUUUUCAUCGGCUGACUUUGACGAAUCGUCACUGACAAGACUUCAGGUUCCGGGCUUUUCACGUGUUCCAAAUGUUUCAAAUGUUGGUGCAUCCACUGACGACGACGAGUCGCUCACGAAAUUACAGGUUCCUGGUAUUUCACGUCCAAACACUGGCAGCUUAACGUCUAAUUUGGACGAAGCUUCCCUCACUCAACUGCAGGUGCCUGGCGUUUCACGGCCAAAUAGCGGAAGCUUUUCACCCAUCACUUCGGAUGAUUCGUCGGCCAAACGUCAAGUCCCUACCAGUCUACGCCCAGCUGGAAGCAAGUUUUCCGCCAUUGAUGUGGACGAUGCCGAAGUCAAAGACAUUGCAGCAUUUGUCGCUAAGGCCUUGUCAAAAACUUUGGGUCGUCUGCGAUUGGUCAAAAUCAUAGAGGCAGAAACUCAAGACGUGGCGGGCAAGAAUUACAAGCUCACGUUGAGGCUGAAAAAUCUUUCCGAGGAAGAUGGAAAACAUUUGAUUUGCGAAGUGGUGGUCUUUGACCAAUCCUGGACAAACACCCGCAUCCUGAGAGAAUCCGAUUGCUCGCCAACCAAAGCCCCUCCAACGUCGACCGACGAUAUCGGUUUGGAUGUAGCAAAUCCUUUCUCAAUCAGUUUCCCGCCGAACGCGGUGACUGACGCUUCACCGACCAAACGACAAACUCCGAGUACUCCACGUCCGAUUGGUGGCGGAUAUUCACCCAUCGACGUUGAUGACGACGUCAAGGAAAUCGCCCUCUUUGCUGGCACUGCCAUCACAGCCAAACGGAACGCUGGGCCUGCAAAAGUAACGAAAAUAGUCAAAGCUGAAUCGCAAAUUGUUGCUGGAACCAAUUUCAAAUUGACUUUGGAACUCAGUCAACCAAGCGCCGUGGUUGAGAAGCACAUUAUCUGCGAUGUGGUCGUCUUCGAUCAACCGUGGACCAAAACACGGCUACUGAGCGAGUACAGUUGCAAGCAGAACAAAAACCCAUCCAUCACCACCGACAGUAUCGUUCUCGAUGGGAAAGGUAAAAAGAGCGGAUCCUCAUCCAGCACGGGCAGUGACUCACUGCCUAAACGCGAGACAGUCGGUACUUCCAGUUCGCUUUCUGCCAAAUUCUCUUCAGUCGAUGUUGAUGACCCUGACGUCAAAGAGAUGGCUGAUUUUGCGAUGAAAGUGGCCAACACUGCGGCAGCCACCAGUGGCCAUUCUGCACCGGUUAAACUUGUCAAAAUUCUCAAAGCAGAGUGGCAAGUGGUCGACGCCGUUAGUAGAAAUUUCAAACUCACUCUGGAGCUGGACGACGGAGCUGAAGAAAGUCUCCUUUGCGUAGUUUCUAUUUUGGAGGAGUCUACGUGGAAAAGCAACUCAUCCUGGACGAACUCGCGUUCUCUUACCGAGUCCACUUGUUUCGCAACCCGCAGGAGCGCGUAAAUCAAUCAAGACCAAUAAAAGUGUCGAAAAUAUUUGAUCUUUGUGUUUUGGCAAUUUUGUUAUCCAUUAUGCAUUUACAUCGUGUUUGAAGUGAUUUUGUUUUUCCUCUUUUCGUAUACAAUAAACAACAAUUUGAUAUUGAAA